AUUUUCUUCUUCAUUUGAGAUUGCACCAUCUCACAUUAGGCAAAAGCAAGUGGAAAGAAAUUCCUCAAAGUUACCCUAACUGUUUCACCUCGGGGGAUAAUGUUACAGGACACAAUAACCAAUGAACUCAUAGAAAAUGUCUCUAUUUACAGAAUAUCGUACUGCACUGCAGACAAGACUCAGGACAAGGUCUUUGCAUACAUUGCACAGAGUCAACUAAAUGAGACAUUGGAAUGCCAUGCAUUUCUUUGUCCAAAGAAAAAAAUCGCACAAGCUGUGACCUUAACUGUUGCACAGGCCUUCAGAAUUGCAUUUGAUCUGUGGGAAGUGGCACAAGAGGAAAAAUGUAAAAAGACACAUGAGCUGUGUAAUAGCCCUGAAACUGCAGCUUUUAAUGGAGCGACAGGACAUAUUGAGAAAGAUGCAACUACAGCAAAGGAUCACAAAGUAACCCGAGUCCAGAAUCCAAUUAUCUCACCAACUGAUGUCCAUCUAGGCAUCACAAGGCAAAACAGUCCAUCUUGUGGGUCCCCUUUACAUGCACUCUCUUGGGAAGAGGAUGAUGGUCUUGAUGAUGCUUUCUCAAGAUUUGCAAAAUCUCGAUCAAACAUACGGUGCAAGAAUGUCUCAGUAGAUCUGCAGGACUCUUGAGUAGAAGAGGCCCUCCUACGAUCGCAGACUCAAACAAAGUGUGGCCAUGACCUACAAACUCGAAGUCUUGUCACCAUGCCAUCUGGUUUAGGCAAAGCAACCACUCACUUUAUGAUUGAGAUGGGGCAUUCUAAUCGCAGUAACUUUGGCUUGGUUUUGGAACAUGCUGAAAGGACAGAACUGCAGAGAAAUGUGCUGCUUGUCUUUAGCUAACACCUGCUUGAAAAUCACCAUUUCCUCUGAUUUGCAUUAACAACAAUGAGGAAGAUUUGUUUUUGUAACAGUAUGUAGAUUUGUUCUAUGAUUUUCAUGGCACAAUUGUUUCUAUCUCAUUUCUGGAGCUGUUUUAUAUUAAUUGACAGAAAUUGCUUGAUAUUGGAGCUGUAGACUAAUCAUAGCAUAGUUUGACAGGGCUAUCAGGAACUUAGUUGGCCUUGGUCUUGUUGUUUCUGAGCAAUUCCAUGUUCUUCUAAAAUUAGGGGCAUUUUACCAAACAAUUAACAAACUGUCACACAUUUGGCUGUCUCUUGCAGAUUCACCAAUGGCAGGAAGGUAAGCAGAUAAACCUGUAAAUUAGGGCCAUGCCUUGCCUGCCAGCUCCCUCUUUGGAAGGAGGGGGUGGGGGUGGGGGUGAUGUUGAUGUUGGGUAGCGUGUCUGCUUAUGGCCCAAUUGAGGUGCUAGGUGAAUGACUGACUGACUGACUAAAUCCCAUUAAGGGUUUCAUUCCAUUGCCACAAGAUUUAAAGGCAGCUUAGGUCUGCAGCAAACAUGUAGCCUGUCAUGUUUAACCAGGAAGGCUGCUGGUCAAUGAAAAGUGGUGAGGGACUGCCUCAUUCCCAGACCCCAUGCUUUUUAUUUCCCCACGUCCACCUGUACCCAUGCCCUAUCUGAAAAGCAGCCAUGCCCCCUUCACCAGGGCCUGUCAACCCAAGUAAGACCCUUGACUUAGCUGAAUGUGGAGGUAUGCAUGGUUCUGUUUUGUGUCAGGCCUUCUACAGCACUAGCUGUAGCCACCAAUCCCAGUGUGGCGCAAAGUUACUGCCACCCAUUUGGGGACAGAUGGAAGCCCUGACUCGUACUAAUUAAGGGCUAUCACUCAAAAAAAAAAAUUGAAGUUGAGUGAGCCAGUCAAUUGGAGCAAAGCUGAGCUUCAGAACUUAGGCUACAGUGUGGGAAGCCGACUCUCAAAUCAGUGCAAAGAAUAAACUCCAAUGGAGCUGUACGAUAUACAUGUAAUGGCACCGUUGUAAGGGAUAGUUUGAACUUUAACAAGAUAGUUACUGUGAGUAUCAUUGACAAUUAAUCCGCUACCUCCUACCAUACUGGAAACCAGCCAUUAUAACUAAUACCUAUAAGAGUACGUAAAGAAUCCACAUGUAACACACAGCUACUAAGUGGCAAAUGUAUCAAGGUCUGCUGUAAAGGAUCCCAGCCUUUCUUACUACUUGUUUUUCUAAUCUACAAGUUGUGGCUACAGAUUGCUGAUAAAUUUACUGCUCCAGAAUGCUUGGGAAUUUGGGAAAUGUAGUUAUUUAUUAAAAAUGAAUGCAGCUUUAUUUCUCAGCAGAAAUAAGAUGACUCUUGAAUUGAUUUCUCUGUGUUGAAAAAUGUAGCCUUGUAUUUAGAAUAUGUAUAUUAUCAAUACUCAUGCCUUCACGUCACAUGGAACAGAAUUGUUGGUUAGACAAAGAAAACUUAGAGAAUUGUUUUUAUUGUCUUUUGGAUUUUACAUUUAAGGAACUGAUGUAUUACUCUGAAGUUAGGUGUCCUCACUAAAAGCGAACAAUUUUAAACAUUCUGGUAUGUAACAGGUCAAUUUUGGAAAGAACCAUGAUUUUUAAAAAAUUUGAAUUUGAAGCAGAAUAAAAAUCUUUUAAAGCGUAAUUUUAAAAUAUUUUUACUGCUUCCCUAUGAUAUAAGUGGCAUCUAACACAAUUAGGAUGUUUAUUUUAACAAUUAU